AUGCAAUCUCUCAUCCAUCGCAGCCAUAACAAUGACGCGCUCGACGCGUCAGCUGUGCUUCCACCACCACUUGACAAGCCGGUUGUGAUCCCGCAGAGGAGGCAGGCGGACCGGCUGCGCGGAUUCCAGCUGCUCUACGCGCCCGCGCUCGCCGACAGCGGGGUCAGCGAGCCGCAGUUUAUCGCGUUUCUCUCUGAGCUCAACGAGGCGAUCGGGUUCGACACGCGGGUCAAGCUGUUCAACUUUGGCGUGGAUGUCGGGGCCAUGGCGGUGGGCUCGUGGGAGAUGCUCGUGGCUGUGGUGGCGACGCAGGCGCUGACGACGACCGCAGCACACGUCGGCAGUCGCGUCAAGAGCGAGGCUUGCGUGGCGCGGGCAAACCAGGGACUCUUCCAUCCGCGUGGGCUCCAUGCCCAGAUCGUGCCUGUCUCGUCCGGAUGCUUUGCGAACAGCUUUUCUGAAAACGAGCCAGCAGCGGGCGACACUCAGAGCAGCAGCUUUCAGUUCUCUUUAGGCUCGCCCAAUGUCCUGCCCGAGACUGACCCCAGAGCACGCGGCGCGCUGUUCAACCUGAACAAGCGUCCGAUCGACUACGACCCCUUCGACUACGGCCCGGGAUACCUCAGGCUCCGCCCGGAUCAGUAUGCGCCCUUGAGGCCGUCGCAGCAUCGCGAGCCUGUUUCGAAUCUGAUGGAUAGAGCUGCGGCCAAGGUGGAAAAGUACAACGUCUGGAAGGAUCGACUGCCGGCGAAGAAGAAUGCGAGGAGGCAACGCAAACAGCAAGAGAAGGUCGAGGCGAUCCGUAGCGAGCAAGGCGAAGCGGGUGUUGAGCGUUUCUUGCAGCAGCAGCAGCAGCAGCAAGGGACGGACAAGGAAAAGUCCAAGCUCGCAAAGUUUAUGGACAGAAACAAGGUCGUUCUCCUUGUCACCAACCUAGACGAGCGGGAUCGAGCACAGAUUCAAGACACACUCACGCUCGCUGCGAACCGUGGUUGA